AUGAUGUUCGGAGGCGGGGGCGAACUCAUGUCGGCAUGCAAGGUGGUUCAGCCGUCCAGCUCUGUGGUAUGUCUAUGGUACGCUUUCCAGCAUCGCUGGACGGAUGUGGAGAAAGAGCAGUCGGUACUGACAACAACAAAGUCCAGUCACCCAGAGCAGGUGAACGCCCAAGGUGGAGGUCGCAUUCCUUGCGUUAGCUUGGGUGGGAUUGAGUGCAUGGGUGUGCCUGACACGGGGCCACGGGACUUUUCAGGCUCACACACUGCUCACUUCCCUCCGUCUCCGCCUGCCUCCGCCUGCAACGGGACGAAUGCUACUGGCUGCCUUGGUUGCGGUUCGAACAGUCUACAACUCCACACCACCGACGACAACCAUGCUCCGUGCGACCCGCCCGCUCUUCUACGCCGCUCAGUGAGCUGCUAUGCCGAUGAGAAGCUGACAUGCAGGGCGCUCAAGCAGUCGACCGGCAUCACCGGCCUCGCGGUCCACCCCAAGCCGCUGCCCGCGCUCAAGACGCUGUACUCGGAGACGCUGCUCGGCCUCUCGGCCAUCCCCUCGUCGAGCGCGUACCGCCAGGCCACGGAGGCGAUUACCAACCACCGCCUCCAGGUCGUUGAGAAGGCUGGUGACGACAUCACCGCCGUCGAGCGCGAGCUCGGCCAGAUGGUCGAGGUCAUCAUCCAGGAGGCUGAGUCGGAGAAGGAGCUCGUCUCCAACAUGGCCGAGUGGAAGGCAAAGACCUGGUGGAGAAUAGCAACCACCAAGCUUCUCCGACGUGAGAGCAUAGCUGACGACAGUUGGGAGCCCCUCGAGAAGAAGGCCUCCCCCGACCAGUGGAGGUACUUCGACCCCACCGGCGACUCGCUCUAG